AUGGCGCUAGCCUCGGCCGCGGGAGAUGAUUGCCGCAAAUUCUGCCUCGACGAUGGCCAGGACUGGACGGUCAAGUGCGCCUGGUCGAAGUGCGCUAGAUGCGGUGCUUGCGCCUCGUUGGCGAACUGCAGGCCCUCCUGCGCCACCAACACAAAGGGCUGGGACAAAAAGUGCGGCUGGUCGGCCUGCGGUGGCUGCUCCGAGUGCACGGCGGCGCCCCCGCUGCCUGCGCCGGCGCCCGGCGAAUGCAAGGCCUCCUGCGCCACCAACACAAAGGGCUGGGACAAAAAGUGCGGCUGGUCGGCAUGUGAAGGCUGCUCCGAGUGCACGGCGACGCCCCCGCCGCCUGCGCCGGAGCCCGGCAAAUGCAAGGCCUCCUGCGCCACCAACACAAAGGGCUGGGACAAAAAGUGCGGCUGGUCGGAAUGUGAAGGCUGCUUGGCGUGCACGCAACCUUCGGCGCCGCCGCCGCCGCCGCCGUCACCCCCACCAAAGCUGUGCUCGCCUUUGAUCUCCGCAAACGCCCUCACCAAGUGCUACGACCCGGCGCUCUUCGUGGGCUUCACUGCCGACGAGGCGGCUUGCAGGAGCAAAUGCGAGGCGAUGCCGUCGUGCAACUUCUACGCGGUGUGGACCACAAACUGGUGCCGGCUGACAGAGACGUGCAACACAUGGAGCGGAACUGACCC